UGUAACCAGUGUGGUAAAGCCUUUGCACAAAACAGUACUCUCUUAAGCCAUAAAAGAACACAUACUGGAGAGAAACCUUAUGAAUGUAAUGAGUGUGGUAAAGCCUUUGCAGAAAAUAGUACUCUCUUAAGCCAUAAAAGAACACACACUGGAGAGAAACCUUAUGAAUGCAAUGAGUGUGGUAAAGCCUUUGCACAAAACAGUCAUCUCAAAAGCCAUAAAAGAACACACACUGGAGAGAAACCUUAUGAAUGUAAUGAGUGU